AGAUAUUAAAUAGUUUAUGAGAAUUGUGAUUAACAGCAAAUAUUAUUAAAAAUAAACACCAUAAAAGCUUUAACGUUACUGAUAACUUGUUAAAAUAAAUUUAAAAAAAAGGCGGCAUUUAAAUUUUGUGGAGCUUUGAAUAAAAAUUAAAUUUUAAAUUUACAAGUUAAUUUUGCGUAUGAAAUUUUUAAAUAGAAUUUUUAAAUGGAGACAGAAAAAAUAUUUUAAAAAAUAUAUCUGAUAAUUGUUUGCCUUUGCUACUGCCAAUUAAUUAUUUUUGCUGCAAUUUGAAAAUUUAAAUGCGAUAGUCAAAAAUAAAAUCAACUGGAAAAUAAAUAUUGUUUUACUGAUAAUAAAGCUAAGUUUAAAUACGAGACGAUCGUACAAAGAGAUACUUAUCGAAAUGAAAAUAUAUUAAAUAGACGGAGUAAAUUAUUUGAAAAUAGAGAAAUAAUAAAUUUGAAAGAUUAUAUUGACUAUUUGUUGAUAAAAAAUAAUGGCACCGACGAAGAAAGUAUUAAUUGGAUGUACUGGAAGUGUUGCGACGAUUAAAUUGCCAGAGUUAUGUGAAAAAUUACGUGAUCACUCGAUUGAAUUUCGGGUGGUGGUGACGGAGAGAGCAAAGCAUUUUUUGAAGGAAUCAGAACUGCCGCCUGGUACUCAAAUUCUUUCUGAUACUGUCGAGUGGGCUGCUUGGCAGGAUCGUGGUGAUCCUGUGCUUCAUAUUGAUCUCGCUAAGUGGGCAGAUUUGUUUUUAAUUGCUCCAUUAGAUGCUAAUACUCUGGGUAAAAUAGCUUCUGGAAUUUGUGACAAUAUACUAACAUGCGUCGCUCGAGCUUGGGAUGUUAAGAAACCAUUAUUAUUUUGCCCUGCGAUGAAUACCAGGAUGUGGGAUCAUCCAGUGACAGCGCCGCAGAUCGAAUUGUUGAAGUCUUGGGGAUACAAGGAGAUAAAUUGCAUUACCAAGACCUUGAUGUGUGGAGAUACGGGGAUCGGUGCUAUGGCAGAAGUCGAUACUAUUGUGCAAACAACGCUCAGAUAUUUGAACCCAUGGGAUCAUUAUUCAUCAUUAGAUAGACGCCAUUAAUGUUAUAAUAAUUUCAUCGAACAUAAAUAUAAUACUGUUAUUAUUGAUUUAAUAUAUACGAAUACGUUGCAGCGAAAAAUGUUUUUUUUUUAUUUUUUUCACAAUUGUCGUUAUUAUUUAAUCAAUAAAAAAUGAUACAUUACUAUUGUAUAAAUUAAAAAUCAAAUAAAUUACAUGGAACAUUGAA